GGGCGGCAUUCUGGCGCGGAGUGCGGCGGUGGCGGGCGCAGCUAGCGGGUCCGCCGCGGAGCGAGGGUGCAGCUCAGUUUCCCCCCACACACCCCUCCCCCUCAGGCGCCAGCCCCACCCCUCCGCCCGCCGGGCCCACCCCGCCGAACUAUCCCCUGCGGCGAGAGCCCGGGGCGGCUCCGCGCGCCCCUCAGCAGACCCCCAUCAUGGGCAGCCAGAGCUCUAAGGCUCCCCGGGGCGACGUGACGGCCGAGGAGGCAGCAGGCGCUUCCCCCGCGAAGGCCAACGGACAGGAGAAUGGCCACGUGAAAAGCAAUGGAGACUUGUCCCCCAAGGGUGAAGGGGAGUCCCCGGUGAACGGAACAGAUGAGGCAGCUGGGGCCACUGGCGAUGCCAUCGAGCCAGCACCCCCUAGCCAGGGCGCUGAGGCCAAGGGGGAGGCCCCCCCCAAGGAGACCCCCAAGAAGAAGAAGAAAUUCUCUUUCAAGAAGCCUUUCAAAUUGAGCAGCCUGUCCUUCAAGAGAAAUCGGAAGGAGGGUGGGGGGGAUUCUUCUGCCUCCUCACCCACAGAGGAAGAGCAGGAGCAGGGGGAGAUCGGUGCCUGCAGUGAGGAGGGCACUGCCCAGGAAGGGAAGGCUGCUGCCACCCCUGAGAGUCAGGAGCCCCAGGCCAAGGGGGCAGAGGCUAGUGCUGCCGCCAAGGGAGGAGAUGCUGAAGAGGAGGCGGGGCCCCAGGCCGCAGAGCCGUCUACUCCCUCGGGGCCUGAGAGUGACCCUGCGCCGGCCAGCACUGAGCAGAAUGAGUAGCUGGGUGGGGGCAGGUGGGUGAUCUCUAAGCUGCAAAAACUGUGCUGUCCUUGUGAGGUCACUGCCUGGACCUGGUGCCCUGGCUGCCUUCCUGUGCCCAGAAAGGAAGGGGCUUGUUGCCCCCUCCCAGCCACAUCCCUCUUCUCCUCUCCCUCCUGUGGAUUCUCCCAUCAGCCAUCUGGUCUUCCUCUUAGGGCCAGUUAAAGAUGGUCCCUUACAGUUUCCCAAGUUAGGUUAGUGAUGUGAAAUGCUCCUGUCCUUGGCCCUACCUCCUUCCCUGUCCCUUCCCCUACAGAAGGCAAUUGCUGGUUUUUUCCCGGUUCUUUUCCAAGUAGAUUUUGUUUAUCCUGCUCCCCAGAUCCCUGAGCCAGAAGUGGGGUGCUUACACUCCCAAACCCUGAGUGUCCAGCCAUGUUGAGUUUUUUUAGUCUCUUGUGCUGUGCCUAGUGGCACCUGGGCUGGGGAGGACACUACCCCGUCUAGGUUUUUAUAAAUGUCUUACUCAAGUUCAAACCUCCAGCUUGUGAAUCAACUGUCUCUUUUCUGACUUGGUAAGCAAGUAUUAGGCUUUGGGUGGGAGGGAGGUCUGUAAUGUGAAACAACUUCUUGUUGUCUUUUUUUUUUUCCUCCCCCAUUGUUGUAAAUAACUUUUAAUGGCCAAACCCCAGAUUUGUACUUUUUUUUUUUCUAAUUGCUAAAACCAUUCUCUUCCACCUGGUUUUACUGUAACAUUUGGAAAAGGAAUAAAUGUUGUCCCUUUA